AUGGCUUCAGUGUUCAUUACAGGUGCAUCUGGCUUCAUUGGAGGCCAGGUCCUAAAGGCCAUCAUCGACCAUCCCCGUGAAUACGGCACCAUCAGGGCGUUGGUUCGCAACCCAGAUGCCGCAAAGCUCAUCCAAGAGGCUUUCCCUCAGGUGCAGACUGUUAUUGGCGACCUUGACAAUGUCUCUCUAAUGGAAGAAGAGGCGGAGAAAGCUACCGUGGUCCUUAAUGUGGCAUCAAACAAACAUAUCGAUAGCGUGCGUGCCAUUCACCGUGGUCUAGCCAAGCGAAAAUCCCCAUCAUACUGGGUCCAAGUAUCAGGUGCCAGUCUCCUGGCAGCCGAUGAGCUAGCAUCAAGCUCGUUCCAGCCGGGCUCAGCUUCGGAUGUUGUUUUUGAUGAUAUAGCGGAUGCUGCCAAGAUUCGCACGCUUAUCAGGGCGCACCCAUCGCGUGUGGUGGACAACUACCUGCUUGAUGUUGCUGCCAGCGAUUACCCCAAGAUUCGAUCUGCCAUUAUAUUCCCACCCAUCGUUUACGGGCGCGGUGAGGGUCCGAUUAACAAGAAGAGCAUUCAAAUCCCCGCAUUGUGUCGUGUGGCACUCGCGCGAGGUCGAGCGGUCCAAGUUGGCAAGGGGCUGAGCCGUUGGGGAAGCGUGCAUGUGCGUGACCUUGGAAGAGUCUGGGCCGAGCUGGCAGAUGCGGGCGCCAAUGGAUGCAAAGUGGCCGAGGUCUGGGGUGAACAAGGUCUCUAUUUUCCGAGCGCGCAAAACAUUUCGUUUGGAGAAAUCUCCGAGCUGGUGGCCCAUGAGGCUCAGGAGAACAAACUCAUUUCCUCUAGAGAGGUCGAGAAGAUUACCCCUGAAGAGGCGGCUAAGCUUCUUCCUGGCGGGAGUGUCUUCUUCGGCACCAACGCGCUCAUCAAAUCACAGCGGACAGAAAAGGAGCUGGAAUUGAAGAAUGCCGAGGAACCAAUCACUGCUGAAAUCGGAAGGGCGCUAUUGGAGGAGGCUAACGUCUAA